AUGUCGGCCUCAGAUUCGCCGCACGGCUACGGGUACCCACUCAACGCAUAUCACCCUGUGCAGGACUGGGACUUUGGCGCUGCUUUCCCUCCUGCUGAACCUUUUGACGCUGUCAACGACUCUCCCCGCUUCUUCGACAGCCUUCUCAACCCCACCAUCGCCGACGACCCCGCUUUCGCCUACACCAACGCGGCGCCCUACAAUAUGUCGUCAUCGCGCGCACAACCAGGCCGUCUAUCGAACGGCUAUGUCGACCUUACCUCACCGCAUGUAGACUUGACUGCGCCAGACUCGCCGCCGCGACGAAGGAAGCGCGAGUCACCGACACCAGGACCAUCCUCGAAGCGACAGAAGCGCGAAGAUGGCGCCGGGGCCGAGGGCUCGAACAGCAAGUCCCCUGCGCAAAUCGAAGAGAUAGACUUGUCGCAAGACGACCCGGUUCUUGAUGUCCUGCAGAAGCAGCGUGAGGAUGCAAUCAAGUCACAGACAAAGCCAGAAGAGACUGUCACAACUUUUAACACGUUCAAUUGUGUCAUCUGUAUGGACCGUCCGACAGAUCUCACGGCUACAGCGUGCGGCCACUUGUUCUGCCACACAUGCCUAAUGGAAGCCCUUAUCGCCGGCGAGAACCGUACCGGACCCGGCGAACCCAAGCGAUCGCAAUGUCCUGUCUGUCGAGCUCGCAUCAGCCGUUCCAGGGCCAGCGACAUCGUUCCUCUCCUGCUGAAGAAGGGCUUAGCCACGCAGCCACGAAGGAAGCCUGAUGCUAUACCUGCCGCUGCUGCUCCAAAGGCGCAGUGA